GGUCUUACGAUUCAAUGCGGAAGCGGGCAAAGGGCAGGAAAACCAAAUCGACUUCAGUAGAAUUGUGGAAAAUCAGCAUUUAAUACUAUUUUUUAUUAUUUUGUAUCUCCAUUUAUCAUUUAUUUAAAUCAUCAUGAUUUUGUUGGAAAUCAACAAUCGGAUCAUAGAGGAGACUCUAGCCCUCAAAUUCGACUGUGUGAGCAACGGGAACAAGCCUGACGCAGUAGAUGUUACAUUUGCAGACUUUGAUGGUGUGCUCUACCACAUCUCAAACCCCAAUGGAGACAAAACCAAAAUCAUGGUCAGCAUUUCUCUGAAGUUCUUCAAGGAGCUUCAGGAGCAUGGAGCCAAUGAGUUGCUGAAGCGUGUUUAUGGCAAUUUGCUUGUGGCUCCAGAAGAUGGGUACAAUAUUUCCCUGCUCUUUGACCUGGACGCUCUUCCACCUAACAAAGACGAGAUGGUUCACCAGGCAGGCAUUCUGAAGAGGAACUGCUUUGCCUCCGUCUUUGAGAAGUACUUCAAAUUCCAGGAGGAAGGUCGUGAGGGGGACAAGAGGGCUGUUGUCCAUUACAGGGACGAUGAGUCAAUGUAUAUCGAGGCAAAGAAAGACAGAGUGACUGUUGUCUUCAGCACAGUGUUCAAGGAUGACGAUGAUGUCAUCAUCGGGAAGGUGUUCAUGCAGGAGUUUAAAGAGGGACGGAGGGCCAGUCACACGGCCCCUCAGGUGCUGUUUAGUCACAGAGAGCCUCCUAUGGAGCUGAAAGAUACUGAUGCAACAGUGGGAGACAAUAUUGGAUACAUAACUUUUGUGCUGUUCCCCCGACACACCAAUGUCAACACCAGAGACAACACCAUCAACCUCAUCCACACCUUCAGAGACUAUCUGCACUACCACAUAAAGUGCUCCAAGGCCUACAUCCACACUCGUAUGAGAUCCAAGACCUCUGACUUCCUCAAGGUGCUGAACCGAGCUCGCCCGGACGCUGAGAAGAAAGAGAUGAAAACUAUGUCGGGCAAGACCUUCUCUCGUUAAGGACAUGAUGCGCAGUCUGACCACAUGACCCCACAAGACCACGAUGAGACAUCCUUAGGCAUUAUCCACCUCUAGCCAGUGCUGUCAGUUCUCCAUCUGAAAUUUGCACCUCAACGGGGACAAAAUAAAUUCUUGCUUCUUUGCAUUUAUUUGAUAAAUGUUAUUAUUAGUUUGUUGGAUAAACAUUUUUGAUACGGUCUUGUUAUAUUGCUUAGGACUCUCUGUUGUCUGACAGUGUUUUAUUGGCAUUAGUCAUGCAAUAUUUUCCCUUCCUCUUUUGCCGCCUUUGUGCAUCUAAAUUUGACAUCAUAAAAUAAACCCGUCUUCUAUACAACA